GCACACACCAAUGAGAAGCCCCAUUCGGCAUCCGCCCCCCCCACCCUCUCCAGAGGUCAAAAGAUUUUGCCAGUCUUACUGUGGACUGUACGGGGAGCCGGGAGGCGCCAGGUUGGCCGUGGUUGCUCCGCUUGCCCGCCCGCUGCCCAGAUGGCCUUGAGAAGGGUCUCCGAGCGGCUGUUGAGCCGUGGACCAGGCCUGAGCUUCCUGCGCGGGUGGGGCUCGGCGGCGGCGCAGACUGAAAAGGGCGGGAAGACACAGAACCGAGCGACUAAGUCCUCGCGUCCUGAAUUUGACUGGAGAGACCCGCUGGUGCUGGAGGAGCAGCUGACAGCGGAUGAGAUCCUCAUCAGGGACACCUUCCGCACCUAUUGCCAGGAGCGCCUCAUGCCCCGAAUCCUGCUGGCCAAUCGCAACGAAGUUUUUCACCGGGAGAUCAUCUCAGAAAUGGGGGAGCUUGGUGUGCUGGGUCCCACCAUCAAAGGGUAUGGCUGUGCUGGAGUCUCAUCUGUGGCCUAUGGGCUCCUAGCCCGAGAGUUGGAGCGGGUGGAUAGUGGCUACAGGUCAGCAAUGAGUGUCCAGUCUUCCCUUGUCAUGCACCCCAUCUACGCCUAUGGCAGCAAGGAGCAGCAGCAGAAGUACCUGCCCCGGCUGGCCAAGGGGGAGCUCCUGGGCUGCUUUGGGCUCACAGAGCCCAACCAUGGGAGUGACCCUGGCAGCAUGGAGACCAGAGCCUGCCACAACCCAUCCAACAGGAGCUACACCCUCAAUGGGACCAAGACCUGGAUCACCAAUUCACCUGUGGCCGACCUGUUUGUAGUAUGGGCUCGGUGUGAAGACAGCUGCAUUCGGGGCUUCCUGCUGGAGAAGGGGAUGGGGGGCCUCUCAGCCCCCAAGAUUGAGGGCAAGUUCUCCCUGCGGGCCUCGUCCACAGGCAUGAUCGUCAUGGACAGCGUGGAGGUGCCGGAGGAGAAUGUGCUGCCUGAUGUAUCUGGUCUGGCGGGGCCCUUCGGCUGCCUGAACAAUGCCCGGUUUGGCAUCGCCUGGGGCGUGCUCGGAGCCGCUGAAUUCUGUUUGCACACGGCCCGGCAGUACACCCUGGAUAGGAUCCAGUUUGGCGCCCCACUGGCCAGGAACCAGCUGAUUCAGAAGAAGCUGGCAGACAUGCUCACUGAGAUCACGCUGGGCCUUCACGCUUGCCUGCAGCUUGGCCGCUUGAAGGAUCAAGACAAGGCCACUCCGGAAAUGGUCUCCCUGCUGAAGAGGAAUAACUGUGGGAAGGCCCUGGAUAUCGCCCGCCAGGCCCGAGACAUACUAGGGGGGAAUGGGAUUUCUGAUGAGUAUCACGUGAUCCGCCAUGCCAUGAACCUGGAGGCUGUGAACACCUAUGAAGGCACUCAUGACAUUCAUGCUCUGAUCCUUGGAAGGGCAAUCACAGGGAUCCAGGCGUUCACGGCCAGCAAGUGAACAUACUUCACCCGGGAGCCCAGAUGGUCUCAAGCUCCUUCCCAGGGAAAUGCUGUGCUCUGAGCUUACUCAGGGAGGUGGCAGAUGGAGCCAAUUUUUAUAGUGGGAAGUGAGAGACACUGAUUCUUAAUUAUCAAAAUUUUCCCUUUGAAGUCAUUCAAAUGUGUUCCUUAAAAAGGAGAUGGGACUCUCUGUACCAAGUUUCUCAACCCACUUUUUACCGUGGACGGGGAUGGAUUCCACUUAUCUUGGAACAGAAGCUUCCCUUGACAGGGGAGCAGGAAGAGGGAAGGAGAGUGACAUGGAAACAACCUCUGGUGUCUGACUGAGCAAAUCCCCCACACACCAAGAGUUCCCUGUGUGCCCUCUGACCCUCCCAUCUUGAGGGUAAGUGCCUUACGCUGGAUGUUGGAGCAGAAUGAGUGUGAAAGAGAGAAUAAUAAAGUCUGCAUGUCUGACCCCAA